AUGCCGGCCCUGCCGUUCGGCCCUGACGGGACGCUACGGCUGCCGGAGCACCCCACGGUUGUGAUCCAUCGCUCGCAGCUAUCGCCGAUUUUCACCUGCGGCGACGAGAGGUCGACCGCGUACCACCGCCGCCACAUGCCGCGUGGCUACCUGACGAACGCGGUGAUCUCCAACACCGUCGAGGAGCUCGAGCCCACGGGGCUCGCCAUGCUGCGGCGCACUCUCGGCGGCGUUCCGGUGUGGCCCAUCGGCCCCCUGGUCCGUGGCGUUCCGACCUCAGUGUCAGACAAGGACGACGACGGCGGCAGCGACGGGACGAUUCUCAGCUGGCUCGACACGCAGCGGCCAUCGUCCGUCGUGUACAUCUCCUUCGGGUCACAGAACACGAUACGAGCGAACCAGAUGGCGGAGCUCGCGGCGGCGCUAGAGUCGACCGGCCGGCCGUUCGUCUGGGUCGUCCGGCCGCCGGUGGGGUUCGACGUCAACGGCGCCUUCCGCGACGAGUGGCUGCCGGGCGGGUUCGAGACCCGCGCGCGCGCCGGCGGCAGGGGCCUCGUGGUCCGCGGUUGGGCGCCGCAGCUCCGGAUCCUGGCGCACGCCGCAACGGGCGCGUUCCUGAGCCACUGCGGCUGGAACUCGGUGCUGGAGAGCCUCACGCACGGCGCGCCGCUCCUGGGCUGGCCCCUCGCCGCCGAGCAGUUCUACAACGUCAAGAUGCUGGCGGAGGAGUGGGCUGCGUGCGUGGAGGUGGCGCGCGGCAACCUGGAGAGCUCGGACGUGGAGAGGUCCAGGGUGGUCGAGGCGAUGGAGAAGGUGAUGGGGGACACGGCGGAGUCGGAAGCGCUGCGGCGGCGGGUGGCGGAGGCGCGACAGGUGCUGAGCAGGGCGUGGGCGGAGGAUGGCGGGUCGUCGCGGGCGGCGCUGCACGACUUCUUUAAAGCCAUGCAUCUGCUGUGA